GUAAGUCGUCGGCAGCUUCAGAGAACAGUCGCCCCAAGAUCUUGAGCAUGUGAAAAUCGCGCCCGGUUAAGUUACUUGCAUCGAUAAAAUAUUUUUUUUUUAAUUCCUGGGUCAUAUUUUAUUUUCAUCGAAUUAAAAAAUAACUUUUUUGUGAACUGUGCAACAUAGUUGUUUAAUUUAUUCUUUUUCUUAAUUUUUUUUGGAUGAUCUUAAAGAUGAUCACCAGGAAAAAUGAGCUAACGAUAACCUUUCUAUUUUUGACAACGUUAAGAUUAACAAAUUGUUAUAAUGCAAAGUCUUAUGAUAACAACGAUUGGAUUCCGAUUCAUCAACCGGAUCAUAAAAUCCAGAAAAAAGCUGUUGAGAGAGUUUUAACAAUCCCGGAACAAGCACCAUUGAGAUUUUUCCCGGAAGAAUACAGAAAUACAAGACAAGCCGAAUACCAACAGCAGUAUUUAAGAGAAAUUUCUAAUCAAGCUCAACAAAGACCUCAUCAUCAUCACAACACUAAACAACAAUUUACUCCGCAACAAUUAGAGCAGUAUUAUAUCGAUCAAAGAAAGAAAUUAAACGAACAACGAAAUCUACAACAAGCUUUACAUUCUCAGCAUCAACAAGAAAAUUCGCAAUCGAAACCUUAUCAAAAUCAACUUUUAAAACAAACCUACGAAAGUUUACCACGCGAAUACCUUCACCCGCCAUCACCUCAACAAUUACAACCACUUUCACAUCAUUAUCUUUUCCCUAACCAAGGUGGAGUACAAUUAGUACAAGAAAAUAAAGGAAAUCAUCCAGUUUCUUUAACCCAAUUAAUUCAACAACCACCAGGAGCUAAUGGAACAGUUGGAUUUUAUAAUAAUUUAAAUGAAAAUUUCAACAAUGUUCCUCAAAAUCGGCCUAUUGAAUUAACAACCAGCAAGCCACCUCCAGUUAAAGAAGACGUCCAAUUACUUUAUUUACCGAUUGAGCAAAUUCAACCUAAACCAAAAGAAUUUACACCAAACUUACAAAAUCAACACGUUUUACAACAACAAAUUUUACAACCUCAAAUCCAACAAAAACAAAUUUUUCAAAAACAAAUUUUACAACCUCAACAAUUUCAAUCGCAAAUUCAGCAACAACCAAUACUUCAAAAUCGCCCAGCUAAUUUAAAUUAUCUUUCUUCUAAUAACAAUCAAGAAGCUCUUUUAAGAAACAUUCAAAAUGAUUUUAUUCAACAAGCCUUGCAAGCGCAUAAAUUACAGGAACAGUUAGACCAAGAAGUUGUAACACCAGAAACUGUUGUUAAAAAAAGGAAACCGCAUCAACCACCUUUAGCUGUUUAUAUGAACGGCCAAGAACACGCUCAUGUUACUGAUGUUGUGAAAGCUUUAAAAGAUAGUAAAAUGAUUAAUGUUCAAGAUACUAUAGGACCUGAUUCUCCUCAUGUCUUUGUUGGACCAGCAAAUUUAAAUCCGCCGAAUGGUUUUUCGAAGUUUGAAUUGCCGUAUUUAUCGAGUAUAGAAAACAAUCGAGUUGAAAGAAAAGUGGAUCAAUAUCCAUUCUUUGUGGCACCUUUAAAUUAUAAAACUUUACCAGGGUAUGAGAAGAUUCCGUUUCCUCCUCCUCAUGUAGGAUCGGUUGUUCUUAAUGUUAACGGUUUGGAAAAAGGGCAUCAUAAGACAACAUUGAGUGGCGAAAAAGAUUUAUCUUUAACUAGAAUUAAUUUUAACGAAGAUAAAGAUGAGGAGGUUGUCCACGUGACGAAAAGACCGACUAGGCAAAGAGGUAGACAACGAAUUACAACUCCACCCCCGAUUGAGACGACAAGUUAUGAACCACCAGUUUAUAAUAAUGCUCAAGUAACAUCGAGUAGUUCUGGAAAUAUCCAAAAACCUGUUUCACCUCAAACGCAGUUUAAUCAAAAUAUUAAAUAUUACCCGGGAAUAAAUUUAGAGGAUUUAAGAGAAUAUCAGGUUGAAAAGACUAAUUAUCAACCAACAAUACAAGAAAUUCCAAAGUUUAAAUACAUAGAAACUAAUCCAGAUAACUCUCCGACUUAUAACAUCCACGAUUCACCACCAGAAAAAAGAAAACCUAAACCAUCUUUGGAAAUACCAACCAUUCCUGAGCAUAAACCUCGUAAUAAUUUUGCUAAUCCUUAUUAUAACCCGGAUUCAACUUCAAGUUAUGAAAAUACACCUUAUAAUUAUUUCGCUGAUCCUUCUUAUACUCCAAGUUCAACCCCACCAACAACAACGAAACCAAAACUGGAAGAAUACGUUCGAUUGGUGAAAGUAAGCGAAGAAAUGGUGAUACGUCCUCAAAGUAAUGAUCCACCACCAAAGGACUUUGUAUUACUUCAAGAUCAAAAAGAAGAAAUCCACCCUGAAAGUCCCUUAAUCAACAAACACUCAAAACAAUAUCUCCCAAUCAAUCAAGGAUCUUUACAAAACAUCCCUCAAGUUAAUUAUGAUCAUCUCUUUGAAACACCUUUCGUAACAAAGUCCGAAGUAAAUCAAAUAAAUUCCGCUGCAAAAUCCACAACGGAAACACCACAAAAACUUAAAGAUUCCCAUGUUAAAUAUGUUGUUUUAGAAGAAUAUCCUGUAAAAGAAAAUGUAUCCAGGCCAUUAACGUCUAAUGAAGAUGAAAAAGAUGAUCGUAUAUUCCUCCUUAGAUCACAAGGUUCCGAUUUAAAUGAUUUGGCAGAUCCAUCAAUAAGGCAAUUAUUAACACCUUCUUUGUUAGCACCAACCGAAAAACCCCACGAAGAAGUGAUACCAAAACAAGAAUAUGUCUUAACAACUCCCGAACCAGUUGUAUACAAAGAAGAAAUAACAACAACAACACCUAGAGCGGAUAUUUCUAGAGUCAGAACGAGAGGACGUGGAGGAUCUAGAUUUAACAUCGACAGAACAAGCACUUAUGCACCAAGAACAAGAAUUUCUUCAAGAACCCGCACAAGACAACGACCAAUAUCAACGACAACAACUACAGAACAAGAUAGAGAUAUUUAUAUAAGCACCCCCACUCCAAGAAUAGCUUCGACGAGACAACGAUUUAGAAGCAGAGGAAGACCUAUGAUCAGUCAAGGAUAUUCUUCAACUAUUUCAAACGUACAAUACACAACAGAACCAACAACCGAAGCUGUUGAAGUUGAUGAAAUCAAAAAAGACGAACCAAAAAUCGAAGCUUCGUUCACCGAAGAAAGUGUUUCUAAGCCACAAUUAAUACUAAAAGCUAAAACUUUAAGCCCCGAAGAAGAAUAUUUAAUUACAAAAUAUAAUUUACCAUCAUUCUCAACACCAGCUGAAAGCAAAUCUGAAAAAUACAACAUUGAACUUGCAACUGAAAAAAUUGGUGACCUCACAACGAUUUAUUCUCCAUCACCAGAAUAUGUUAGAAGUAUACCUACAUCGACAAAACCCAGGAUUCGACAAAGAAUUCGAGGUAAAUCCAGAACAACAAAAGCGACUACCACUACAUCUGAAGCGCCUGAAGAAGCUUCAAGUUCUAAUGAGCAAGAAUUCUAUGGUUUCUUCAGACAACCAAAUUUUAAAUCAACGACUGAAGAACCAAUAGUUUCGUCAACCCCAAAACUUUUGCUUCAACUCGAAGAAAGUUCCAGUGAAAGAAGUUACAGCGACGAUGAAGGUGAUGAAAGAAUACAAAUAAUUUCCAACGGCAAAGAAGAAACUCCAAAACCAAUUCAAUUCAUCGGUGAAAUUUUACCUAAAUACACAACAACCGAAAAGUAUUAUGAAAUAACACCAGAAUUAGUACCUAUUCACGAUGCCUACAUAAUGACGACGAUUUCUCCUCCAACAACAAAACGGGGAAGAACAAGAGGAAGAUACACCACAAGAAGAACAAUCGAACAUAAACAAGAAGAAUUUGAUUCGGUUCCUAUUUCAUCUAUACGCACUGAUGAUCGAGCUUCGCAUCCUUCUAGAUCAAGAUCGAGAGGACGAACACAUUUCAAAGUUCCGGUUGUUUUAACAUCGGAAGGGGAAGAUAAUAAUAAUUAUCCUGCUUUAUAUUUAAAAGCGCAACAUGACCAAGAAAAUUACACCCCUCAAACUUCACCACAAAGUGACAGUUUUAAAAUAACUGUUGAUCCUUUAGAUGAUGAUGAUCAAAAUCAAGAUCAACCCGAAGAUCAACCCCAAGAUCAAGAACCACACGCUUCAGCGCUUAGUAGUAAAUAUGCAGCACCUUCAAAUAAUUUCUUUCACACAACUUCGAAUCCAAAAGAAUUAAAAUACAUCGGUGGUAAAAACGUUCAUUUUAACGGAACUAAUUUUCGGGCAAAUCUCACUACAAUUAAAUUAAUCGACGUUGAGUUAGAAACAACGGAAAGUUCGAAACGAAAAGGUUUUUGGAAAUUGAUUAAGAAAAAGAUUCCUGAAGAGUUUGAAGAGGCUGAAUCACAAAACGUUGGAUUUUCUAGAGAGAAUGAGUUUGAAGUGGUCGAUGCUAAACAUAGAAUAUUAUCUGGUGUUGAUGAUUCAGAUGUGAGUAUUACUAAACGAGAUGAAGACAAUGAUUUUAUUGGUGGUCAGAGUCAAUUAGAGAGCACUCAAAAAACUAUCGAUGAAGAUGUUGUCACCGAUACAAUUAACGAGGAGGAGGUAACAAUGAGUCCCAAUUUGAUGAAAGAUCUUAAAACAUCAACUUCAACGUCGACUGAAAUCUCUCGCGACGCUGAAAUUUGUUCGAAAGGAAUUUGCGUUAAACAAGAAGACUACGACUCUGAUAAGUGAAAAAGAUUUAUUUUAUUUGACUUAUUAAAACAAAAAUAGACAAAUGUGAUGUGUA